AUGAACCCUCCUAAGGACACACCGUACUCGCACCUCAAAGCAGAAUUGAUUCGCAGGACAUCAGUCUCAGAGCAGAAAAGACUCCACCAGCUACUUACCCAAGAGGAACUAGGGGAUCGAAAACCCUCCCAGUUAUUACGUAGAAUGGAGCAACUGCUUGGAAGUGAUCAUCUUGAUGAAACAAUCUUCAAACAAUUAUUUUUGCAGCGACUUCCACAUCAUGUCCAGACAAUUCUAGCGUCAAGCCGCGACGACAUGAAGGUGACACAGUUGGCAGACUUGGCUGAUAGAAUCAUUGAUGUUGGUUCAACAAGUACUGUUUCUGCUGUUAGUUCGCCCUCGUCUUCUACUUCUAGUUCAGAGUUGUCACAACUUCAACAGCAAGUAGACAGACUUACAUUUCAAGUGCAGUCAUUGACUACGCAACUUCAACAUGAACGUGGUCGAUCUCCAAAUAGGCGCCCUCAACGUCCAAAUACUCAUUCAAAUAGACAACGUAGCAGGAGUAGCAGUCAAAAGCGUCCUCUCUGUUGGUAUCACUGGAAACAUGGUGCAGAAGCUCGCAAGUGUACACCGCCAUGUAACUUUAAUCACGCUUCUUUGUUUUCGAGUGAUUCUCAACAGCCUUCUUCCAACACCCAUGCUCAGGGAAACGACAGAGCCAGCCGGGAUUGA